CGACAAAAAACAUCAUCAACCAUCAUCACCGCACCUAUCUCGACCACCGACAACUUGUCUGCGACCGCCUCUCAGCCGAGCAAUACAUCGACGAUUGCCGCCGGGCUAGCUGAGCGACGAUCGACUGACGAGUUUACCACCCCUCCUCACCGUCGCAACCGCUCCAUCUUGGCCCCUCCCCCCCGGGAGCUCGGCCGCAGCCUCCUCGCAUGCUUCUCCGCGAGAACCGGCCCGAAUCUAGACAGUGCACCAACCGGACAGGCCUCAUAUCCCCUACGAGCCGCGAGGUCUCUCCCUCGUCGAUACACCCGACAGCCUUUGUUCCCGCCUCCUUCUCUGCCCCCCUCUCUCUUGAUUAAUCCCCCAAGAUGGCCGACUACGACGAAGUCUACGAGGAAUACGACGACGAAGGAUUGGAUGACAACAUCACCCCUGAGGACUGCUGGGCCGUCAUCGGGUCGUAUUUCAAAUCGAAGGGCUUGGUUUCGCAACAGAUCGAUUCUUUCAACGAUUUCCAAGAGACCACCAUCCAGGAGCUGAUAGAGGAGUAUUCUCACAUCAGCGUCGAUGAGCACAGCCCUCCCUCCGUCGACGGGAGAACCGUCGCGCUUCGUCGAUAUGAGCUCAAGCUCGGACACGUCACCAUUGCUCGCCCGAUCGCCCACGAAGGCGACAACACUUCGGGCCCGUUACUCCCUUACGAAUGCCGCGACCGAAACAUGACGUACGCGAGCCCGGUGUACAUCAAGGUCGACAGCAAGGUUUCCGCCUGUGUCGAGCAGGAUGUUCCUGUCGAGGAGAUAGAUGACGAGAUGCGGGCAGAGGCCGAGGCCAGCAAGAAACGCCCGACCCGUCUCGUUUGGGAAGAGGAGGAGAAUAUUCUUGAGUCGCCCGCAACAGAUAAGGGCCGCGCUAGCGACCAAGUGUUCAUCGGCCGGCUUCCAAUAAUGGUGAAAUCCAAGGCGUGCCACUUGAGUCAGGAGAGCGAUGACGACUUGUUCCUGCUAAAUGAGUGUCCUUAUGACCAAGGUGGCUAUUUCAUCAUCAAUGGAAGCGAGAAGGUCCUCAUCGCCCAAGAACGGUCCGCUGCCAACAUCAUCCAGGUCUUCAAGAAGGCCCAACCGAGCCCGUUCUCGUACACGGCUGAAAUUCGAAGCGCCCUCGAGAAAGGUUCACGUCUCAUCUCGUCGCUUAUGCUGAAGCUAUAUACCAAGGGCGACGCUUCUCGGGGAGGAUACGGCCAGACUAUUCACACCACUCUACCUUUCGUCAAGUCCGAUUUGCCGAUCGCCAUCGUAUUUCGAGCCCUGGGCGUCGUCAGUGACGAAGAGAUCCUGAACCACAUAUGUUACGAUCGUAACGACAGCCAGAUGCUAGAGAUGUUGCGGCCUUGUAUCGAAGAGGCCUUCUGCAUUCAGGACCGCGAAGUAGCUCUAGAUUUCAUUGGGAAGCGCGGGAGGGAUUCCCACAAUGUGACGAGGGAUCGUCGUGUUCGUGCCGCGAAAGAUAUUUUGCAGAAAGAGAUGCUUCCCCAUGUAUCUCAAGGGGAAGGAUGCGAGACGAGAAAGGCCUUCUUCUUGGGCUACAUGGUUCACAAACUUCUCCAGUGCGCUCUCGGCCGACAUGAUACGGAUGAUCGAGAUCACUUCGGCAAGAAGCGUCUGGACCUCGCGGGUCCGCUGCUCGCCAAGCUAUUCCGUAAUAUUGUUCGCCGCUUAGUGCAGGAGGUCAGCGGCCACCUCAAACGGUGUAUCGAUUCGAACCGGCGUUUCCAUAUCGAGCUUGCUGCUAAGCCUUCCAUCAUCACGAACGGCCUGAAAUACUCUCUGGCUACCGGCAACUGGGGCGACCAGAAGAAGGCGAUGAGCUCGACCGCCGGUGUAUCGCAAGUCCUUAAUCGUUAUACCUUCGCGUCGACCCUGUCCCAUCUGCGGAGAACCAAUACGCCUAUAGGACGCGACGGGAAGCUCGCGAAACCUCGGCAGCUUCACAACACCCACUGGGGGUUGGUUUGCCCAGCCGAAACACCAGAGGGCCAGGCCUGCGGGCUGGUCAAGAACUUGUCUUUGAUGUGCUCCAUCAGCGUCGGCACAUCGACGGAUCCUAUCGUCGACUACAUGAUCACCCGAAAUAUGGAGGUUCUGGAGGAGUACGAGCCCAUGCGAUACCCCAACGCUACCAAGAUCUUCCUCAACGGCUCUUGGAUCGGCGUACACCAAGAUCCGAAGGCCUUGGUUAGAGACGUCCAGAACUUGCGCCGGGCCAAUCAGAUCCCGGCCGAGGUGUCCCUAAUUCGCGAUAUUCGCGAUCGCGAGUUCAAGAUCUUUUCGGACGCCGGUCGGGUCAUGCGUCCCCUGUUCGUCGUCGAGCAGGAGGGCGAGAGGAAGGGGUCUUUGAUUCUUACCAAGGACAUGAUCCACAGGCUAGAGGCGGACGUGGACCUAUCUCCAGAUAGCGAUGACUAUUUCGGCUGGCAGGGUCUGGUCAACGAGGGUGUCAUCGAAUUCCUAGACGCCGAGGAGGAAGAGACGGCCAUGAUUUGCAUGACGCCCGAGGAUCUGGAAGCCUACCGUCAAGCCAAAGCCGGUUACGCGCCGGUCGAGGACGACAGCGAGGAGAUUAACCGGCGUCUCAAGACCAAGAUGAACCCUACCACACACAUGUACACACACUGCGAGAUUCAUCCGAGCAUGUUGCUAGGUAUCUGUGCUAGCAUUAUCCCGUUCCCCGACCACAACCAGUCUCCUAGGAACACGUACCAAUCGGCCAUGGGCAAACAGGCCAUGGGCUUUUUUCUUACUAAUUACAACCGCCGUAUGGACACUAUGGCAAACAUCUUGUAUUAUCCUCAGAAGCCCCUGGGCACGACCCGCUCGAUGGAGUUCUUGAAAUUCCGAGAGCUUCCCGCCGGCCAGAACGCCAUCGUCGCCAUCGCCUGUUACUCCGGAUAUAACCAGGAAGAUUCCGUCAUCAUGAACCAGAGCAGUAUCGACCGAGGUCUCUUCCGCAGUCUGUUCUUCCGAUCCUACAGCGACUGCGAGAAGCGAGUCGGCAUCAACACAGUGGAGACGUUUGAGAAGCCAUUCCGAGCGGACACACUUCGACUCAAGCAGGGUACUUACGACAAGCUCGACGACGACGGCAUCAUCGCCCCCGGCAUCCGCGUGUCCGGAGAGGAUAUCAUUAUCGGAAAGACGUCGCCCAUCAACCCCGACAACGAGGAGAUGGGCCAGCGCACCAAGGUGCACGUCAAGCGCGACGCGUCGACGCCCCUGCGCAGCACGGAAAGCGGCAUCGUCGACAGCGUCAUAGUAACGACGAACCAAGACGGCCUCCGCUACGUCAAGGUGCGAGUGCGGACCACCAAGAUCCCGCAAAUCGGAGACAAAUUCGCCUCUCGACACGGGCAAAAGGGCACGAUCGGCGUCACGUACCGCCAGGAAGACAUGCCGUUCACGCGAGAGGGCAUCGUCCCCGACCUGAUCAUCAACCCGCACGCCAUCCCGUCGCGCAUGACCAUUGCUCACUUGAUCGAGUGUCUCCUUAGUAAGGUUUCGACGCUCAAGGGUAUGGAGGGCGACGCGACUCCCUUCACCGCCGUCACCGUCGACUCGGUGUCGAGCCUGCUCCGCGAGCACGGCUACCAGUCGCGCGGCUUCGAGAUCAUGUACCACGGCCACACGGGGCGCAAGCUCCGCGCGCAGGUGUUCUUCGGGCCCACGUACUACCAGCGCCUGAGGCACAUGGUGGACGACAAGAUCCACGCGCGCGCGCGCGGCCCGGUGCAGAUCAUGACGCGGCAGCCGGUCGAGGGCCGAGCGCGCGACGGUGGUCUCCGUUUCGGAGAGAUGGAACGCGACUGCAUGAUUGCUCACGGCGCCGCCGCGUUCCUCAAGGAGCGCCUGUUCGAGGUCUCGGACGCGUUCCGCGUGCACGUCUGCGAGAUUUGCGGCCUCAUGACCCCGAUCGCUGUCCUUAGUAAGCAGUCGUUCGAGUGCCGGCCGUGCAAGAACAAGACGCGGAUCGCGCAGAUCCACAUCCCGUACGCGGCGAAGCUCCUGUUCCAGGAGCUCCAGGCGAUGAACAUCGCGACCCGCAUGUUCACGGACCGCUCCGGCGUGUCGAUCCGCUAGAAGGGUUUCUUCUGUCUUACGGGCCCGGACCCCCUCCUCGAGGAGUGGUAUUAUUGGGUUUUUUUUUUUCCCCAGGGCGGUGCGGUUGGAAUAAUCGAUGCUGGAGGUGGCUGGGUGGGUGCCCCCCGGGGGAAGAGGCGGUAAGGGCGAGAAAACCCCCCCCUCUCCUCCCCGUCUACGUACAAAAUGAAUGCAUAGGGUAGGCGUUUUUUCAUGUGUGUCUCGGUUUGGUUCCUAUUACAUUACACCUAUCACGACUGGUCGCAUCCCCCCCCCCCCCCCGGCCGUCCUCUUGACGCGAACCGGCGGACGAAGAAAGAGGAGCAGCAGCAGAGAAGAGCUCUCCAGAAGCAGAAAUAGAGAGAGGCUAGAUAGUCUACAUAUUGGGUGGUCUAGUCAGUGGAACGACGACGUUGUUUCCUAACCGCGGCGUUUCUU